CGCGGAGCGGAGCGGAGCGGGCGCGCAGCGGGAGCGGAGCGGGAUGGCGGGCGCGCUCACCGACGUGCUGGGAGAGGUGCUGGUGGCCGCCGACGGCGAGGAGGUGGCCGUGUCGGCGCUAGCCGCCCGCGGGGUCUCCCUGGUGGGGCUCUACUUCGGCUGCAGCCUCGGCGGCCCCUGCGCGCAGCUCGGCGCCAGCCUGGCCGCCUUCUACGGGCGCUUCAGGGGGGAAGCGGCGGCGGCCGGCGGGCAGCGCCUCGAGAUCGUCUUCGUGUCGGCGGAGCAGGAGCAGCAGCAGUGGCAGGAGGCGGUGCGGGCCAUGCCCUGGCUGGCGCUGCCCUUCGCCGACAAGCACCGCAAGCUGAAGCUGUGGAACAAGUACAGAGUCUCCAACAUUCCUUCCCUAAUAUUUAUCGAUGCCGCCACUGGGAAGGUGGUUUGCAGGAAUGGCCUCCUGGUCAUCCGAGAUGACCCUGAAGGUCUGGAGUUCCCUUGGGGGCCAAAACCCUUCAGUGAAGUUGUUGCUGGGCCUCUGCUAAGGAACAAUGGGCAGACACUGGACAGCAGUGCCUUGGAGGGCUCUCACGUUGGGGUCUAUUUCUCCGCGCACUGGUGCCCGCCAUGCCGAAGCCUCACGAGGGUGCUGGUGGAGUCCUACCGGAAAAUCAAGGAGGCAGGCCAGAAGUUUGAGAUCCUCUUCGUCAGUGCAGACAGGUCGGAGGACUCCUUCAAGCAGUACUUCAGUGAGAUGCCCUGGGUGGCUGUGCCCUACGCUGACGAGGCCAGACGGUCACGCCUGAACCGACUCUACGGCAUCCAAGGCAUCCCAACUCUCAUCGUCCUGGACUCCAAGGGAGACGUGAUCACGCGGCAGGGCCGGGUGGAGGUACUGAACGAUAUCGAGUGCCGCGAGUUCCCCUGGCACCCCAAGCCCGUGCUGGAGCUGACGGACUCCAACGCCGUGCAGCUGAAUGAGGGCCCCUGCCUCGUUCUCUUUGUAGAUUUCCUUUUGACCCUGGUUAUUUAUUCAGCGGAGCCCAGCGGGGGAUGUGAGCACAGAGCCAAAAAUCCUCUCCUCACGCGGGAAGGACCGGCUGGCCACGCCAAGCCUGAUGGAUUGGGGCUGGCGCUGCAGGCCUCUGGAAAGAGUUAUUUUUAUCUUGCUCUGAGCAAAGUUUUUCUAUCACCUUGCUGCAAACAGCUCAUCAGGAGAACAGCUGGGGCUCCUGCUUGCUGCUUUUGGGGGUGGAUGGUCUUGAUGAAAUCCACCAGUGAUGUGCUGGGGCAGAGAUGCAGCUGGUGCUGCAGCAAGGCAGGCACUGGGAAUGGGGGCUUCUGGCCAGCUUUGUCCUGCUGUGAGACCCCCCCCAGCAGACCAGUGCCUGCACUGCACAGGCAGCAACACCCCCAGGAGAAGGCAGGCUUAGCAAGUGCUGAUGCUGAAUAAAUCCUGACUGAUCUACCUCCUUCCCCAGAGGGGUUAGGGCUGGGUUAGCCAGAGUGUGCAGGGCUGCCUGGAGUGCUGCCAGCAGCCGAUGUUUGUAGGAAAAUCAAUCCCUGCAGACACCCCGCAACUCAGUGUAUUUAUCACUGCCCUGCACGCAGGACAGACCCUGAAAUCCAGAGUGCAGCGUCUCUGGAAUCUCCUGCUUUGCUUGGAGAAGCCAGAGAGGAGGACAGGAAUGUAUGGAGCAAGGGCAGAGAGUUUUCUGGGCAGGGCCUGUCCCAGCUGGGGGCUGGACCUGUCAUGGUGGUUACAUCAGGGACCACGAGGGGAGACAAGGGACUUCUCUUCUGCCUUCUUCCUUUAAUGCCUGAAAGUUGUCCCCGAAUUGGAAUCUUUUAAUCUCAGUGCUUCCCAAGGACGCAGACUCUCCUCUUUCCAGCUCACUAUUUGAACUUCAGUGGUGGCUGGUGUUUGAUUGAUGCUGCCAUCUCUUUCUACCCUCCCUCUGUCAAAUCAAAGCUGCCUUCACAGCGCUGAGACUGGAGCAGCAGAGCUGCAGCUCAGCCAUCCCGAGGCAGAGGGAUGGUGGGUGGCGGGCGGGGAGGCAGCAGCCUCAGAUCAGCACCUUUGUUUGGUCUUCAAAACGUGCUCAAACCACAAAGCAGCUUCUUUGUGCCUGUUUGUAUCACCAACAGCACCAGGGAGCAAGCAGUGGAGUAUUUGGGGAGCAGGAGUUGCUCUUCUGUUACGUGUUUCCCUGUAGUGCAUUUCAGCUGCUCCCUAAUUGCUCCAGAGCCGUGUGGCUUUGAAGUCCAUGCGGCACAUCCGGGCUCUGGCUUCCUGCGUGGUGGUGCAGUGGGACAGAGCCAGUUUGCAUCCUUUGCCCCUAACCUCCUUUUUUUGCCUUGCCUCUUUUCAUUUGUCUCCCCAACCC